CCAUUCAUCAGGACUCAGGAGUAACAUUUACUCAAACAACCCUUAAUUUUGUGAGUUAUAAUAAUAAUUAAUUAAGGAAGAUGACUGAGAUAUUGGCUCACCUUACUCUAGCAUUUGGCAUUCUUGGCAAUAUCGUCUCAUUUAUGGUAUUUCUUGCACCAAUACCAACGUUUUAUAAAGUUUACAAAAAGAAAUCAACAGAAGGGUUUCAAUCAGCGCCUUAUGUGGUGGGCUUAUUCAGUGCGAUGCUUUGGAUAUAUUAUGCAUUUCUCAAGAGCAACGUCUUGCUUCUCAUCACCAUCAACUCAGUCGGUUGCUUCAUCGAGACCAUGUACAUUUGUUUCUUUCUUUUCUACGCGCCAAAGAAAGCUAGGAUGGAGAGUUUGAAGCUCAUCGUAUUGCUUAUAGUUGUUGGCUUCGGAUUGAUUGUUGCCAUGACUCAAUUCCUUGCAAGUGGAGUUACCCGCGGUGUGAUAGUUGGAUGGAUUUGCCUUGUGUUCUCUUUAUGUGUUUUUGUAGCACCUUUGGGGGUUCUGCGACAAGUGAUUAAAACAAAAAGUGUAGAAUACAUGCCAAUUCUAUUAUCAGUAGCCCUUACGCUAAGCGCUGUGAUGUGGUUCUUCUAUGGGUUGCUUCUUGGUGACUUUAAUAUUGCUAUUCCAAAUGUACUUGGAUUCAUCUUCGGUAUUAUUCAAAUGAUCUUAUACUUAAUAUACAAAAACCAGAAGCCCGUUACCCACGGAAAGGCAUUAGAACCUGAAUCCAAAAAAUAUUCAAUCAGAGAAAUGGAAGAAGAAGAGAUCCCAGAAAUAAAAGACCACCAAACGGUAGAUGUUGUGAAGUUCAAAGAAAACGGACAUGAUGCCACUCGUGUAGCCAUUGAACCUCAAGCUCACCCAAAUAUGCCAAAUCACAUCAUUGAAGUAACAGCUUGAGAUUGCUGUGUAUAUACCUUUGCAUUCUGACUUGAUCAAUUCAACAAGUCGAUGUGUGUUGAUCUAGCAUAUUCUAAGUGCCAAUUCCCGACAUUUGUAUUUUCCUUCACUGAACUUAGUGAUUUUCAAUAUAAACAUUUUGAGCUUCAAAUA